AUGAAUGAUUAAGAAAAAGAUACAAAUUCAAUUAAGGAUGAUAAAAUUUAAUAUCAUUCAACUUAAUACCUGAAUCAUUGCCUAAUGAUAUAGAACAAAAACUUAAAUAAUCUGUUGAAACUUUGGCUUAAUAAGAUGCUGAUUUAGAAAAACUUGAAGAAUAUGUUUCAAAAAUUAAUUCAGAUGAUAUCAUUUCCUAAUAUUAUGGACUUAAUCGAUGUCGAAAAUUAUUGAGUGAUACUAAUGUAGCAUAGCCAAUAGAAUCAUUGAUUUAAAAGGUUUUAUAAACAAAUGUUCAAUUUAAUAUAUUUUCUAUUGUUAAAAUGGAUAGUAUUCCAUUGUUAAGAUAUGAAGCACUUUGGAUUAUAAGUAAUAUUGUAUUUGAAACCUAAUAAUAAAUAUAAAUUAUAUUAGAUAAUGAUGGAAUCAAUAUUCUAUUUCUGGGGCUUGAAUCUUAAUAUGAUGAAUUUAUUGAAUUAGGAGUAUGGGCUUUAGCUAAUAUAGCUGCUGAUAAUAUUAAAUUUAGGGAUAUGUUACUUUAGAAAGGAAUAUUGUUUCACUUAAAAAGAAUAUGGAAGCAGUAAAAAAAGACAAAAUCUGAACUCAUCAAAACAAUAGUUUGGGCGUUAAGUAAUUUGGCCAAAGGGAAACCAACUACAAAAUUUGUAUAUUAUUAUUGAUUUAUAUAAAUAGGGUAUAAGAGGAUUAAUAUUGAUAUUGUCUGAAAUUAUAAUUAGGACCGAUGAUGAAGAACAAUUAAUAGAUAGUAGUUGGGGUUUGAGUUAUUUAGUUCAAGAUAUUUAUGAAAUAGAUAUGUAAAUAGAUAAGAGACUUAUUAAAAAAUUAACAGUAUUACUAAAUUCUACUAAACAUACUCUAAUAACUCCAGCACUAAAGACUAUUGGAAAUAUUUUAAGCGGAAAUGAUGAGUAAAAAAAUCAAGUUUUAUAAGCUGGAGUUUUGUAGUCUUUUGAAAUAUUGCUUUAGCAUAAAUGUAAAUCAAUAAGAAGAGAAGUAACUAUUAAUUGUAGUUUAAGGUUUGUUGGUCUUUGUCUAAUAUUGUUGCUGGUACUAUACCUUAAAUAAAAUAAAUUAUCAGAAAUGAUUAACUUCCUAAGUCUUUAUUAAAAUAACUAUAAUUAAAUGAUCUUUAAAUUAAAAAAUAAAUAGCUUUUUUUGUAUCUAAUUCUGCUAUUUAUGCAGAAUUAAUAGAUUUAGAAUAUCUAAUUGUUAAUUAUUGAUUUAUUCAAAAACUGUCGAGGUUAUUAGACAAAAAUGAUGAAUAAUUCACUUAAGUAACCUUAGAGGGAAGUUGUAAAUUAAUUUAGAAGAGUAAAUAAUAUCAUUAAUUAAAGUUUAAUUCGAAGGAAAAUUUGCAGUGUAUAAAUAAUUGAUUGAAGACUAAAAAAUAAUUGCAAAAGUAAUCCAGUUAUAAAGCCAUCCUAAUGACACAAUUUAUGAGAAUGCUUUAAAAAUUUUGGAUAAUCUAGUGAUCAAAGAUUCCUUAUGA